CUCACUUUUAUGUUGAGAAUUGUUUGAUGUUUUUUAAUUCAUUAUUGUUUGACAGUAGUGUUUUUUUUUUUUUGUUGAUGUUUGUGAGUUGGCAGAUAGCCAACUACCAAUCAUACAUUUUUACGUGUCAAAUGAUCCAAACUAUUCAAGAUUAAUUCAUGAGAUUAUAUUAGAUAAAAAAAUGCCGACAAUUGACGUAUUCUAACCAUAAACGUUGACAAAUUGUUACAUGUAAUUAUUGUAUUUUUAAUUAAUGAAUAAAAUUAGUUAAUUUUUAUAUAGUUGUGAAUCAAUAAAAUGAAAAAAUUCAAGAGGGCACAAGCCCAAAAUCAAGCAUCAAUAGCAAAACACUUGAGUGUUAAUAAAUCAAUUGAAUCAUCAAGUGAUGAAGAGAAUGAUGCGACAAAUGAACAACAUCAACAAGCAUUUACCAAAGCAUUAUCACCAUAUGAAUCAGAAGGUGGUGAUUCACAAGCAGCAUUGUCACAUCUUACAGAUGUAUUUCAAUUUGGUGGAGCAGUUUGUUUAAUUUGCAUUUCAACUGUUAAAAAAACUGAUGCUAUAUGGAGUUGUUCAACAUGUUAUUCAUCAAUGCAUUUAUCUUGUAUACAACACUGGAUACGGGAUAGUCUUUCUUAUAAACAUGAAAAAGGUAUUGUUAAUCCACUCUGGGCAUGUCCAAAGUGUCGUACUGAUUAUCCAGAGAAUGAUAUACCAAAAAAAUAUGAAUGUUUUUGUGGUAAAACAAUUGAUCCACCACAUCAACCAUGGGCUAUUCCACAUUCAUGUGGUGAAACAUGUGAAAAAUCAUUAAAACCAUAUUGUGGACAUAAUUGUAUACUUUUAUGUCAUCCUGGACCUUGUCCACCAUGUCCAAAAAUGAUAACAGUAUCUUGUCAUUGUGGUAAACAAUCACCAAUACCUAGAAGAUGUAAUGCAAAAUUUUGGUCUUGUAAAACUGAAUGCUAUAAAAAAUUACCUAAUUGUAAUCAUCCUUGUUCAGUGGAGUGUCAUUCAGGUAUUUGUCCACCAUGCAACAAAGAAAUAAUAUCACACUGUCAUUGUUUAUCAUCAAAAAAAAUUAUGAAAUGUUAUGAAUCAAAAUGGAAGUGUGAAAAAAUAUGUAAUAAAUUAUUACCAUGUAAAAUUCAUAAUUGUAAUGGUGUAUGUCAUAGUUCAAAUGGUGAUGAUUGUGGUGAAUGUCCAACAGCUAAAAAUCGUUCUUGUCCAUGUGGUAAAAAAUAUUAUAAUGUAUCAUGUGAAGUAACGACUGUAUCAACAUGUAAUGAUACAUGUGGAAAAAUUCUUGAUUGUGGUAGACAUAAAUGUAAUAAUAAAUGUCAUUAUGAUAAAUGUGGACAGUGUCUUGAAAAAAUUGAAAAAAUAUGUAAAUGUAAUUCAUUUACAAAAGAAAUUGCAUGUAAUAAAGAAUAUCAUUGUAAUAAAAAAUGUUCACAAUUACGUCAAUGUGGUAGACAUUUGUGUAAUAAAAAAUGUUGUGAUUGUUUAAAAAAAAAUACAUUUAAUGUUUGUGAAAAAAUAUGUGAUAAUAUGUUAAAUUGUCGUAAACAUAAAUGUCCAGCACCAUGUCAUAGUGGACCAUGUUAUCCAUGUCCACGUACAAUAAUAAUACAAUGUCGUUGUGGUAAUAGUAAAAUAACAGUACCAUGUGGUACUAAAAAAAGAAUAAAACCACCACCAUGUAAUAAACUUUGCAAAUUACCACCAAUAUGUCAUCAUGUUAAACAAGAUUCACAUAAAUGUCAUACAUCUGAUUGUCCACCUUGUAAAAAAAUAUGUGAUAUUGUACGUGAUAAAUGUGGUCAUAAAUGUGUUGUAACAUGUCAUACAAAAGUAUGGGUCAAAGUUAGAGUUAAUGGUACAGCACAACCAGCUGGACCAUGGGAAAUAUUAAAAGAAAAAUUAGAAUUAAAAACAUUUCCAUGUCCACCUUGUGAAGUAUCAAUGAUGGUAACUUGUAUUGGUGAACAUGAGACAAAACCAUGGCCAUGUUAUAAAGCAAUACCAACAUCAUGUGGACGUACAUGUGGACAAUUGCUUAAUUGUACAAAUCACAAGUGUCAAUUAAUUUGUCAUAAAGUUGAAAAUGAUAAUUGUCAACAGUGUGAAUUACCAUGUCAAUUUGAAAGAACACCUGGAUGUACUCAUCUUUGUUCAAAACCAUGUCAUAAAAAAGUUUCUAAAACAGUUAAUUGUCCACCUUGUCAACAAAUGGUCAAAAUAUCAUGUCAUUGUGGAUUAAAUAGUCUUUAUAAAAGAUGCUAUGAAAUUACAACAGCCAAAGGUAAAACACGUGAUGAUAUGCUUAAAUGUGGCAAUCAAUGUCCAAAAAUAAAUACAUGUGGUCAUCGUUGUAUUGAUGAUUGUCAUUCAGGUAAUUGUAAAGAUUCAAUUUAUUGUAAUAAACGUAUUAAAAUUACCUGUAAAUGCCAAAGAAUUAAAAAAUCAGCAAUUUGUUCUGAUGUACAAAAAGGUAAUAUUAAAAUUAAUUGUGAUGAUGAUUGUAUUGCUGCUAAAAUUGAAAAAGAUAAAUUACGUGAAAUUGAAAUUUCUAAAAAGAAAAAACAAGAAGAAAUUAAAAAUCAAAUUGAAGUUGAACGUUUUGAGAGAAAAUUUAAACCCAAGAAAAAAGGUAAAGAUCGAUAUGAAUCCAGUGGAGAAUUACAACAUGAUAAUCAUAAUUUUAUUAAAAAAAUAAUUUUGUUUGGAAUUGUUUUUAUUGCUAUUGCUAUUGUUGCUAUUUAUAUGACUGAUGGUUUUUAAUAAUUGAGAUAAUUACACAUUGUAAUUGUAAUUUUUAUUUUUAAUACGAAAUUCCAUUUAUUUUUUAUAAUUGAUUCAAAUCAUUAUUAGACAAAUUUUAUAAAUAAAAAAAUUAAAAAUUAUAAGCUUUUCGUAAAUAAUUCCAGAAUAUUAAUGAAUUUACGAUAAAAAAUAUUUUAUUAACCAGCCACAGUUCAUAGUUUAUCUUUUUUUUAAUCAACUUCAAAGGCCUAAAAAGAAAAAAAAAAACAA